GUGAAGUUUUGUGUAGCUAGGGAGGGGCUUGUUGUUAAGUUUUCAAAGAAAAUGCAUCAUUACAGACUGUAAAGGGAAAUUUACGACUAAUAAUUUAGCAAUAAUUACGCAUAGUUAGUCUUAUUGACUUCUCAAAUUGGUUUGCGUCGUAAUCGUGUAGAAUUUGGAGAGGAGCAUCAUAGCGGAACAAGAACGUAGGUAUAAUUUGGCGUCCAGCACAAUUAGAGAACGAUCGCCGUGACAACGCCAGUGCUGAAUCAGCGGUUCCACGCCUUGUUGUCUUGGAGCUUGACCAGGAAACGAGUACUUUCAGAAGACAAAAAAAACAGUCCAACUCGCCACUUUCACACUCUCCAACAACAAUGUCCUUGGCACUCAAACAAGUCUUCAACAAAGACAGGACAUUCCGCCCGAAGCGCAAGUUUGAGCCCGGGACUCAGCGCUUCGAGCUGCACAAGAAGGCGCAGGCGUCGCUCAACGCGGGCCUGGACCUGAAGCAGGCGGUGCAGCUGCCGCACGGCGAGGACCUCCACGACUGGGUGGCCGUGCACGUGGUGGACUUCUUCAACCGCAUCAACCUCAUCUACGGCACCGUCAGCGACUCCUGCACGGACCAGUCCUGCCCCGUCAUGUCCGGCGGUCCCAAGUACGAGUACCGCUGGCAGGACGAGAACAAGUACCGCAAGCCCACGGCCCUCCCCGCCCCCAAGUACAUGAACAUGCUGAUGGACUGGAUCGAGGUCCAGAUCAACAACGAGCACAUCUUCCCCACCAACAUCGGUACUCCCUUCCCCAAGACGUUCAUGCAGGUAGCGAAGAAGAUCCUGUCACGCCUGUUCCGAGUGUUCGUCCACGUGUACAUCCAUCACUUUGACCGUGUGAGCCAGAUGGGAGCGGAGGCCCAUGUCAACACCUGCUACAAACAUUUUUACUACUUCGUGACCGAGUUCAACUUGACCGACCACAAAGAAUUGGAGCCACUGAAAGAGAUGACUGCUCGUAUGUGCCACUGAAAGGAAGCCAUCGACCGCAUCGAUCCCAUCAACCGACCCCAGGUGUAACAAACAAACAAACAAAACAAACAAACAAAAAAGAAUCUUCAAGAGUUUAUUUUUUAUAAAGACAAUUAAUGCCUACGUAUUUAGAAAGAAAUGUGUAAAUGAAAAACUUUAUUCUUUACAUGUGUUGGGACGUUUUUUUUAACUCAGUAUUAUUUUAUGUUGUUUGUUGUCGCGAUAUUUGUUAUGGAUAGUCUACAUUAAAAGCAAAUGUUCUCGCUUCA